AUGGAGGACGCGCCCGACCUAACCUUCGGCCUUCCCCGCCUCCCCGCGAGCUGCUCGGCCUACGCCCCCCGGCGCGGCGCCGAGAGCGGAGAGCUCGGCGCCGCCCCCCAGCGCGCAGGGCAGUGGCAGCUGCAUCGCUCCGCCGCCGUCGCCGCGCUCGUCGGCCUCCUCGCAGGGGACCUGUCCUGUGCGCGGCAUCGCUUCCCCUGGCUGCAGGAAUGCUUCUCCUGCUCCUCGUCCUCCUCGUCCUCCUCCUCUUCCUCCUCCGCCUCCUCCUUCGCUCCUGGACGUCGUUGCGCGUGGGUCAUAGGGCCAUGGGUGUCAGAUCGGCUGGCCAGAGCGCCAGCCCGGGCGAUGCUGAUUUUUGGUUAG